AUGGCUCCUUCUUGCUCCGUUUUCACGUUUCUUGUUCUUAGUUUCUUCUUUCUCCCUGUUUCCAAUGCUCAACCUUCUUCUUCUUCCCGGCCUGGGGGUCUUGUUUUUCCUGUCAACAGAGAUUCAUCUACUCUCCAGUAUGUCACCAAGCUCAGCCUAGGAAAAAUCCCCAUAAACGUAGUCGUUGAUCUCGGUCGUAAAUCCUCCUGGAUCUAUUCUAGUGCUGGUUGUGCAUCUACUUCGAUUUCAGGCGUCGUAACAGCUCAAUCAAACAAUUUGAAAAAUGGGGAAUGGGUCUCAGGUCCAAAUGUUACGGCUCGUGGGAUUUCAGUCGGUUGUGAAAAGAAUGCUAGUGUCUUACGAGGACUUGCAAAGGGUGCCAAAGGAAUUGUUGGUCUCGGACGAUCAAGUUCUUCUUUGGCUUCACAAUUUUCAGCUGCAUUUCGGUUCCCUAAAAAAUUUGCUUUGGAGUUAAAAUCAACAACUAUCGAAGGUUCUCUGUACUUCGGGGAUGGUCCUUACACUAGCCAAAACUUCAGGCAGCCAUUAACUUACACCCCACUUCUCACCAACUAUUUUUUUCCUAGCGACUAUUUCAUUGACGUGAAAUCAAUCGACAUGGACGGUUCAAAUGUCACAAUAAACAAAGGAUUAUUGUCCAUCAACAAGAGCAAUGGAGUUGGAGGAACUAAAUUUAGCACGUUAGUUCCUUACACUACUAUGGAGACGUCAAUAUACAAGGCCUUCACAAGUGUGUAUAUUAAGACAGCUAAAGCCAGGGGUAUGUCUACAAUUGCACCCGUUGCACCUUUCACUGUUUGUUUUAAUGGAUCGACAAUAGAAACUAGACCAGAUGGAUUUCUUGUGCCAGAGAUCUUUCUUCGCUUGCCCAACAAUGUAGCUUGGAUCAUGACUGGACCAAAUAACUCUCCUUUGAUGUUUAUCAAGGAAAAUGUAUAUUGUUUGCCAUUUGUGAACGGAGGUUCAAAGUCGAAGACUUCGAUUGUUAUUGGUGGUCAUCAGAUGGAAUUUAGUAUCCUAGAAUUUGAUAUUGCAAAAUCAAGAGUAGGGUACAGUCCACCAAUUCAAGUUUGA